AUGGUUCGAAUUGCUUGGGAAAAGGUAGGUAAAGAAAGACUGCGAGACAUUCUUAAUAGAGUUAGGAGCGAAUUGUUGCACAAGCACAAGAAGACGGAUGUUGCUUAUCUAUAUAAUUUAGGACCAGAUUGGAUGGAGGCAGAGAUAUGGAAUGAACUUGUUGCAUAUUGGAGUACACCAGAGUGGAGAAAGAAAUCAGAAGCUGGUAAAGCAAAUAGAAACGUAGAAAAAGAUGGGACUAUUACGAAACACUCUGGUGGUUCAAUAAAAUUGGAGGUUCAUGAGAAUAGAUUGGCAAAGAAGUUGGGUAGACAACCAACUCAACUUGAACUAUUUCGUGCAACUCACACAAAAAAGGGGAGUCAAGGUGUUUACAUUGAUGGAAAAUCACGACGAGUUGAUGGAGCUUAUUUGAGUACAAUUGCUGAAAAUGUGAAUGACAAUUGUGAGAGUCAGUCUGCUUUUGAUUUGAAUAAGUGGAUUGAAAUUUCUGGAAGUAGCAAAGGAAGAGUUUAUGGUUUUGGAUCCUCUGAUAUUGCAAAAUCAGGAACUCCAACUACAUCUUUCUCAUGCACAUCAGCUCAUCCUGGAGGACCUUCUCAAACUAUGUUUUCUUUAGAGGAGGUUGAACAAAUAUUAGAGCAAAACCGGAUUAAAAUGAAACAAGACAUGGAGCAAAUGCAAGAGCAAAUGCGAAUGUUAGGAAAAGGUUUAGCGUAUGAAACAGCAGGCAGAAAAGACCCAUCAUUUGCAGCAGUAAGAAGUGUGGCGGCAGGAAGAACAGCAGAAGCAGUGGUAGUUAUAAUGUCAUUGGAAGUAGGCAGUGCAGAAGCAGAGACAGUGACAACAUUUGGUUCCAUUUGUAUAAAGAUAAAUCCUUAA